GUAGCACAUUGUCUGUUUCCUUCUAUUUGCUGUGGUUAGUAAUAAUACUUUUCUCACAUAUAGGAUUGAAACUUUUCGCUGAAAUUUACAAAUUGACAACUGACAUUUUGGACAGAGGCAUUAUUUGAUUUAGAAUUUAUGUUUUAGUCUGCGUUUGUCCCUCUGUUAGUUCGUAAUGAAGAUUAUGCAAAAACUAUUUGAUGGAUUACCACGAAGAUUGGUUGAAGGAUGCCAUCAAAUUUUUGGCAAAUCCAGAUUAGGGGACAGAUACAAUUGACUGAAGUCCCUUGACUGCACAACAUUUUUAUUAAUUUCUCAGAGAAUAACUUGUGGCUCUAGAUGAAGAACAGCAGUUAUGUUUAUAUGUCUGAUAUUUGUGAGUGUGAUCAGGGAUCUAGUGAAUUUAAAUGUGGUUUAAUACGGGCAUUGGUACUUCUGUCUGUGAAGGAAAGGUUUAUACCUUGUUUGAUCAUGUUAGAGACUGCUCAGUUCUGUUUAGGAUUAAGUAUUUUUACGUUUAUUAUUUACUUCUACGCAGAAUAUUGAUGUAUAUGUAUUAAGUCAAAUGAUUGGACCCUAAAGACUUUUAAUUACUAAUGAGGGGGAAAAAAUGUUUACCAAUUAAGCCACAUAUUCUUUGAGGUUUUUUUUAAGCCUGAUAUUUAUAGUCAGAAUGACAGAUGUAUGCAACGUUGUAUUUGUGUGCAUCAUAUUUUAUAUCGUACGACUUCCUGUAACUCAGCUUUGUCAACAAACUCUGCCCUGUCCCACCCACCUCGCCUCAUCCGCGAUGCGGGUUGGCUGCUGCGCCUGUCGAUCACCCGUCGUCACAGAGGUGUUGUUCGGCAGGUACGAUGAUGUCGCCAACAAUGGAGCAGCGGAGACCGACAGUGACAGACGGUCCGGUCCGCUCCGGGUGCAGGUUCUAAGGGGAUGAGUUCAGCUUUGGCCGCAGCGUUUCUCUGGAUAGCUGCACCGGACGGGACGGGACUGAGAAGCCUUCUGGAUGUAGCCUAGCAGCCUGCUACCAAAACCACCGAGAAGCCUAGCCAUUGUUUCGGUUGUCGGCUAACAUGGCAACGAAAGCUAGCGCUAGCAGCGUCAGCUAAACGGGCUCCGCCGCCGCCGUCGUAUAACUGCAGAAGUUCUCGAGAAUGGCCUGUUCUCACAUCUCCUCGGUCUCUGGAUGGGUUCACCUCGGGCCUCGUUCACUAACAACACAAAGCAAACAAUCACCAACUUGAUCUUCAGUGCUCUGUGGUCAUCCUGCAGGAUGUGUGACGGUCGUGAGGCCAGUGAGCAGUGCCUGUCCCUGCCGUCUUCAUCCUUGGCCAGUUCUCCCAUUUCACCAUCUCCCUGAAUCUGUCCACCAAGAUGACCGACAGGAAGGAGCCGCCCUUCUUUAAUGACGACAGUGCGGGAGCUUUUCAUUACAAGAUCCCUUUCUAUGACACUAUGGAGCUCUUCAUAGAGACGUUGACGGGGACCUGCUUUGAGCUGCGCGUGCUGCCCUUUGAGGCUGUCAUUUCAGUCAAGGCAAAGAUCCAGAGGCUGGAAGGUAUCCCUGUUGCCCAGCAACAUCUUAUCUGGAACAAUCUGGAGCUCGAUGAUGAACAAUGUCUCCAUGACUAUGGCAUUGCAGAAGGCUGCACUUUGAAACUGGUCUUAGCUAUGAGGGGAGGGCCAAUCAACACCAGGAGAGUAACGAUAGAAGAUCCUAUCAAAGAGGUGGCUGACUUGAUGGAGAGCACCAAGGAGGAGGGUUGGGAGAAGAGCACGACCAACAAGCAGGUCACGUUUGUGGUUUAUCGAGAGGGUGACCAGCUAAGUUUCUUCAGAGUGGUCGACAGGGGGGAUGGUACUCUGACCCCUUUGUCUGAAUCGCUGAGUGGUGGAUCAGUGUACAAUGUGUAUGCAGAGGAGGAGGAGGAUGGAGAGAAUUCUUCAGCUGCAAAGCAGAGCCUUGAGAACUCCAUCACGAUGAACAAAAUGAAGCUUCUCAAAGCCAAGAUGGAGGACAUGAACCUGAACAAGAAACCGAAGAAGUCAGCGAAGGUGAAACCGCGCCCCCCUGUCGGCCCACAUCCCUGCGGCGGCUCCCUAGGACCUUCCAGCACACGACACCAUCAUCGCCUCUUUCGCUCACUCCCCCAGACCAACCAGCCUCGGCAGUCAAAUGCACAACUACCUCCAAUUGCUGACCAUGAAACCACAGACCCCUCGCCCUCUGCUGCAGCAACUUCAGUCCACUUAUCCAUCCCUAGACGACCACCUCCCUCUUUUACCUCGUCCUCUUGUUAUAUGCUUCAGGAGGAGGAGCCGUGGGAGACGUGCCCACCAUUUGCAAAAAUACGGCCCCCUCCCAAAGUUUCCCGGCUGGACAUCGGCAGCACCAGAUUGAUGAGGGACUGUGUGUACCCUCAGCUGCCUCCACUGUGUACAAGGGGGGCACCUGAAACCAUAUUGGACCCAGCUGAGGAGGCAGGGGAGGCAGUGAGGCUGGGCUUGUUAGAUGAAGCGACUGGGGUGGUGACACCAACACAACCUGGAGCUCCAUUUGGGGAAUUGUCAGAUUCUAUGAGUCUGGAUGUGUCCGCCCAUCCAGAGGGAGGUUGUCUGUCCCUCGAGGUUGGCGCUCAGCACCAGUUACCCCUCUCACCCUCCCCACUUAGUACCUGGACACUUGGGACAAGUGAUACUCUCACCAGCAGAGCUGAUAGGACACAGCGCAGCACAUCUUUUCAUAUCAGCCCUCCCUCUCCAUUACCCACAUCCCCUUCUACCAGGCCACUGCCUCAGCCUUUCGAUACCACUCUCUCCUGUUUACAGCCCAGCCUUCAAGCACAAUCCUCUGCACAUGUGAAGUCAGGGAACACGUCCCCUCACGCCCCCACCUUGUCAGCUCAUCCCCCGCGCCUUCGUGGUGUUAUAGUGGAGUCGUCUGCAAAGAGGCCAGAGCUGCUCUCAAACAGGGAAGCAAGAGGCAUCACUAAGUUGGCCAACCAAGCCUACAAGGAGCCCCUGGGACCUCUGAACAACUCCGAGCUCUUGCCCUCUCUCUCAUCAAGGGCCCCAGACAGCAGCAGCGGCAGGGAUGACCGUGGAGAGAGUGUGGGACUUGCACUGGCACUGCCCUCUGCUUCUGCCUCAGGACAGGGCAGUCAUGGCUCCAGGCUGCCAUCCAUCCCAACUAACCGGCUCCUUCAGGAUGAUUUCAUCAGACAAAUGUCACCGUUGCCCCGAGCAGCUGCCUCUUACAUGACCACCAACACUAUUGCAUCAACUGGAGGAGUCAUGGCCUCAUUCGGGAGAAUAGGCACUUCAACCUACCAGCUACCUCCAGUCAAGGCUCCCAAUGGCGGCAAGAAGAAGAGCUCAAAGCACUGCUUCCUCUGUGGCAAGAAGACCGGCCUGGCCUCCAGCUACGAGUGCAGGUGCAGUCACAACUUCUGUGCCGCCCACCGCUACGCAGAGACACACGACUGCACGUACGACUACAAGAGCUCUGGACGGCGAUUUCUGCAAGAGACCAACCCUCUCAUCAGUGCUCCCAAGCUGCCCAAGAUCUAGAACCCACAACCCACAUCCCAAACCUCUAACCGGGGGAUGACCAAAACCACCACAGGUUAAAACGACUGAACAGAGGAGAAUUUACAGACAUUUUAAACAGAAACGAGGCGCUUAUUCACCACCGUGUGCUUUUUCUUUUCAACAGCCAAGUUUGCUUAAAAAUGAAAAGAAGAUAUUCUGUAAAGCCGAGUGUGAACAAACAAAAGGGGACUGAAGUGGCACAGAACUAAUUAUCACCUCUUGACAAUGUGAACUGUUUAUCCUUUUAAUCUGUUACCUUGUUCCUAUUUCCACUGCGUGAAAACAAAACAAAAAAAGAACCUGUGCAUGUAAGUAGGUAGUUUUUUGUUUUUGUUUGGGCUAAAUAUAUCUGCUGCACGUUCAGACAUAUCUAUUUUUAGUUUUUGUAAACCUUUUUUUAAACGAAAUAGGACCACUGAUGACUUCUCAUUCGACAAGUCUUUGACAGAUGCACUUUAGAACUAUCAUAUUUAUACAUUUACUUUUCCUUAUUGUGAGGGGGAAGGAUACUUAUAUCUCCGUUUGUCUUAUGAAGGUGUUGUCGUCAUCAUCAAGAUUUUUAUAUUCUGCGUUUUUCUUACACAGGCACAUAUACAUAACAACAUCACUUUCUUAAAAGAGUACAAGACACCGACUUAACAAUGAAAUACUUAAUAUUUAUCAAUGAAUUCUACUUAUUUAAAUUCCAGAUUGGUUUUGAAAUAGUAAGUAUGCAAUGUGUGUAGGUGUGAAUGUCAGUUGUAAUCCACAUGCCUAUCACGUGAACUGUAUUAGGAUUUGGGGGCAUGGUUAUGGUAUUUAUGAUGUGUCUACAGUACAGUGGUUGCCAUAAAAAAAUCUUUUGUAAGUCUUUUUUAUUGCUCAGCUGUUGCAAAAACUUAAAAUGCUGUUAAAGUAUCUACAGGGGUUUGAUCUAAUAAAGUCUCUUUUAAGCGUUUGGAUCCAA